GGUUUAUGAACAUGGGACCCUGGUGGUCGUGGUGAAGUCGAGAGUCGAGACAGUUGACUCCAUGCGUUCGCCUUGUCAAGCACAUAUCAAUCACUUCUUCACGGAUGGAUACAUACUCGUACAUGAUCAUCCGUAAUACAUCCAUACGUGGUAUAUCACCGCUGAGUGCAGGAACCGAUGAACGAUGGUGGAUCAGCGCCGAUCGCGUUUCCCUCUUUUCCAGACCAGGGGAUCCUUGAUCAGCCGCUGCACCAAUGACCAAGUCCAACAUCAUCCACAUAACCAGUGAAACCACACGCCUAACACCCUGAUAAGGUCUAGACAAUUGAUAUCCCUUCAAGCUUCAUAGCACCUUAUCCGCCUUCACGUCAAUAGUUUACCAUUUCGACCGCCACAUUCUUCGCGUCAAGUACCGAAUCCGAACCAUCAUUGGCCUAACGUGGAGUCGGCUUGAAUCGCUGUGAGUUGCGACGCGCCGGCUCCCAACCAUGCUUCUCCCGACACAUGGAGGCACUGGAGGGACAUGGAAAGCUGCGAAGAGCCAGCUUCUUCCCACGAGAGCAAUAUGGAGCUGCUUCUCACGCUCGCGAAUCCUCGGAUCUGUCCUUGGGGGGGUGGUAAUAUUUCUGCUAUGGCGUUUCUUCGGUGGACCAUCGAAGGAUAUGUCCAGAUUCUACUGUUCCGGCCCCUCCAAGCCCCCAACGGAGAUGACCGCCCAGGAGCAGGCGAGAUGGGCGUCGCACAUUAAUACUCCGGUCCUAUUCAACUACCACAAGCCCAUCACCGUCAACUCCACCACCAUCGAACCCGUCGACCUGAACCCCGUCACCUCAACCCCACAAGCCGUCUCCAAGGGCGAGCGCGUCCUCAUCCUCACCCCUCUCCGCGAUGCCGCUCGCUUCCUCCCUCGAUACUUCGACCUCCUCUCCGUCCUCACAUACCCCCACCACCUCGCCGACCUAGCGUUCCUGGUGGGCGACUGCACCGACGACACUAUGGGCGUCCUCGCCGCGGAACUGGACCGCAUCCAAUCCAGCCCGCAGGAAGGCAUCCCGUUCCGUAGCGUCUCCAUCGUCCAGAAGGACUUCGGCGGCCCGCGUCUCAGCCAGGCGGUGGACGAUCGGCAUGCGUUCGAGAUCCAGGCGCCGCGGCGGAAGGCCAUGGCGCGCGCACGGAAUUAUCUGCUGUCCGCGUCGCUGCGCCCAGACCAUUCGUGGGUGUACUGGCGCGAUGUCGAUAUUUAUGAUAUUUCGCCGACGAUCAUCGAGGAUUUGGUGUCGCACGAUAAGGAUAUUGUGGUGCCGAAUGUCUGGUUCCAUCGGUACGAGGAGGUGAAUGGAAAACUGACGGACAUUGAAGGGAGAUUCGAUUACAACUCGUGGCAGGAGUCGGCCAAAGGACUGAAACUAGCGGCAGGGCUUGACAAGGAUGUUGUUAUUGCAGAAGGAUAUAAGGAGUUCAGCACAGGUCGGACGCAUAUGACGAAAAUGGGAGAUUGGCGCGACCCCGACCGGCACAAGGAGAUCCCGUUGGACGGGAUCGGGGGCGUCUCGAUCGUGGUGAAAGCCGAUGUGCAUCGCUCAGGAAUCAACUUCCCCUGCUACGCCUUCGAGAACCAGGCCGAGACGGAAGGGUUCGCGAAAAUGGCGAAACGCGCUGGUUACUCCGUGGUUGGGCUGCCGAACUAUAUCGUCUGGCAUAUCGACACCGACGAGAAGCCUGGGAACGCUUGAUCGUCCGUGAUGGUUAGUUUACGAUGGGCAUGUUUGCGAUGCUCACUCAAGGGAUCCAUGUUUAAACGGAAAAUGUCCGGACCUACGGAAGCGUUUUGGGUAUUUUCGUUGCGAUGGCCGUCGUCGCAUCGCAUACACCUGACACCUGAGUCUGGACUAUGAUAAUGAUGGCGUUUCAAUCCUCUUACACGUCCGGCGAAAAUGGCUAUCAUUAACUAUAGAUGGAGAUACCGAUACAGGGAAUUGUACAACAGAUGGAAGUAUGGCCCAAAGAUUUCGAGGCGGGUUGGUCGAGCUCUGGAAAACUUGACGGAGUCAGGGGUGUUUCUGUUCAUUGACUUUUGUUCUUGAACGGGAAGAUGGGACCGACUGGAUGCCUUCCACUAAGUUAAUAGUUUCAUUGGAAUAUCUAUAGUGAUAGACAAACAAAUAUGUUCGAUAAAAG